AAAAAAAAUGAUCACUUAAUAUGUUUCUAAGGCAAUGUUCACCAAUCGCAAGAGCGAUUUAGUAUGAUUAUUGUAUCUGUCUCGAGAAGCGACGUUGUGUCUAAACCCUAACCAGUCCCAAUCAAAAUUCUACCACUGAAAGCAUCUCUACCGCCACCUCCACCGCCACCGACGGCCAACAUCCGGUUAUCUCUACUACACCGCGUCUAUCAACGUAGCUGGCAUCGGAUUUCUUCUUCUUCUUCUUCUUCUUCUUCUUCUUCUUCACUCCGUUUUCACGGCUUGUUAUUCAGUCUCCAAUCGCUCUAGCUCAAUUUGUCUCAGAGAUCCUCUGAAGCGCUACCAGAUAGAGUAGCUAUGGGUUCCUCAUCGGCUGAAGGUUUUCCAGCAAUGCAGGAAAUUAUGUUGGAGUUUCGUGCUGGUAAAAUGUUUUUUGAUGGUAAAAAGGUUGUCCCUGAUACACGUAAAGGACUUGUUCGCAUAGCAAGGGGCGAGGAGGGAUUGGUCCAUUUUCAGUGGCUUGAUCGAGAUCGGAAUGUUGUAGAAGAUGAUCAGAUUAUAUUCCCAGAUGAGGCAGUUUUUGAGAAGGUUAAUCAAGCAUCGGGAAGGGUUUAUAUCUUGAAGUUCAAUACCGACGACCGAAAGUUUUUCUUUUGGAUGCAGGAGCCCAAAACUGAAGAUGAUUGGCAGUUGUGUAGCUCUACCAAUUAUUAUAUCAAUCGACCAUUAGAGUUUCUUGGUGAGGAUGAGCCUGAUGCUUCUGCUCCUUUACAAGUCUCUGAAGAUAUUAUUGAAGAUGAUAUCUCAUCUAGGGCUGGUAACUUAAUUGUACCAAAUUUAGGUGCAGAAGUGAUUAGUGAUGUAUCCUCUUCAUCAGGACCUGUUAAAUUGGAAGAUUUACAAAGGAUCUUGAGUAAUAUUAGUCAUGGAGGUAGUGCUGGGGAUCCAGAUGGAGGAUUGGGAUUAGGAGAUAUCCUGAAGCCUGAUUUAAUAAUUCCAUUGAUGGACACAUUGCCAUUGCAAGAAAGAUUAGCAUCAUAUUUACCUGAGGGUCGGUGGACCCCAGAGGAUAUUUUGGAAUUGCUGCAGAGCCCACCUUUCCGUCAACAAGUGGAUUCUUUUACUUAUGUACUUAAAACUGGACAGGUAGACUUGUCUCAAUUUGGUAUUGACCCCAGUAAAUACAAGUUCACUGUUGUGUCUUUUCUAGAGGCACUUGAAGAUUCAGUUUCUAAAGUUUCUGAGGAAUCAAGACAAGAUGACAAAGAUUUAACAUCUCAAUCUUGUGAUCGAAAUGAGCCCAUGGAUGAAAGCAGUUAGUGGAGGCGGUUUGCUGCAAACCCUGUUGUGUAUUUCUCAUGGUCAUAUUUAUUACAGAAAUAUAUACUUUCUGCCUGAUCUUUUGUUUCCAUUACUAUUUUUUUCAAAAAUUUCAUAUUCCAAUGGCAGUGGAAGAUGAAACAGUAGCAAGAAAAGGAAAAGCGCUUUUUUUUUUUUCUUUUUUUUUUUUGCUUUAAAUUUGUGACUAAUGGUUACACUGAGCAAUGACUCAUCAUUUUUUUUUUUUUUUUUUU